UAGCGCCGACGCUCCUCCACAAGACGCGACGCCGCCGCGCCUUCUCCGCGGACCGCCCCUGCUGCUCACCGACGCCGUGGAGCCAGCGUCAGCCGCUCUCUUCAGGUUCGACCCAAACAAGGUGCGAUGCUGACGGUAGGGCUGUUGUCGCUGUGGGCGUGCCUCGCGUCGGCCUUGCCGACGCACAGCAACUUCACGACGCACGCCCCGCUGCCCGCCACGGCGGGGUCUCCGUGGCAACCGGCCACGUCGGGCCGCAGCUACGGCGGCGCCGCCUCUUCCUACCCGGACCACCUGCUCACCAACGACGUGGCCGACCAGGAGGCGGACGCGGCAGAGUUGUCGCCACUCACCUACGGAGGCGACUUCUUCCGCAGUCGCUACUCCGGCCACUACCUGCCGCGGGGCAGCAACGAGCGGGACGAAGCGACGACGGAGACGAAGACGGUGGAGCUGGGCUCGCAGUUCGGCGCGCAGGACAGGAAGGACGAGCGCCCCAGGCCGCCCCACAGGAGGAGGGCGCGGCCGCCCAGCCCGCGCCACGGCCACGAGUACGACGACUACGAGGAACGCGACGGCGAGUACGGCUACGGCUACGGCUACGAGGCAGACGAAGGGUACUACGAGCACGGGGGCAGUUUCGGCGGGCACCACGGCCACCACGGCCACCACGGCCACCACCACGGGUACGACUCUGACCGCUUCCGGCCGCUGUACCACACGCACCACGCAGCGCCCGUCUACCUGCCCGAGCACGACGACCACAGCGACAAGUACGUCAAGCUGGGCAUCCUGGCCGUGCUCAAGCUGGUGCUGGCCAAGAUCAAGGCCUUCGGCAUCUUCAAGGUGCUGUUGCUCCUAGCCAUCAAGCUGCCCAUCUUCCUGCUCACGCUGCUCUUCAAGUUCUUCCUCGUCACCAAGUUCUUCAAGCUGCUGACGCUGCCGCUGCUGCUGCUUCCCCUGCUGCUGCUGCUGCCGCUGCUGCUGCUGCCGCUGCUGCCGCUGGCGCCGCUGCUGCUGCUGCCGUUGCUGCUGCCGCUGCUGCUGUUGCUGCCGGUACCCGUGCUGACCCCCGGCACUGCGGGCGGCACGAAUGCGGGCCGCCGCCGCCGCAGGAGCGCAGACGCUGACACAGCAGCUGACGUCGGCGGAGGGCCGUCUGCAGCCUCUGGCGUGGUGGCGGGGCACGACCUGCUGGCGCUGACCCGGCAGGUGCUGGAGGCCGACCAGUGCCUCGAGAGGAUCGCCUGCCAGCUCGCGGAGAAGCAGCGCUCCACAGUCUACAACACGUUCGUCAUCUGGGUGCUGGAGAAGAUCCAUCUAAGGGUGGCGCCAGAGCGCGUUCGCCCACGCCUGUCCUCCUAUCUGGAGGCAUACCGACAGGGGGCAGGAGCAGAAGGGAAGUGCCGCAGCAAGUACACCUGUGACAGGGCCAAGCUAGGGCUUUACAGGGGCAGCCUACUGGGGCAGCUGCUCUGAACUGAGCCGGCCUACCAUCUGAUGGGCAGCAGACGAGACCGCAUCCUAUGCAGGCUGCUGACCCACAGCUGGGCUCCUUCAGCAGGGGCAGUGGUAAUUAGAGACUGCACACACUCUGCGACAAACAACACAAACUCUUCGUUACUCUACAAGUACCACACUGCAUUGUCAAUACUAUCAAUACUUUUCACUUGUGUGUGUCAUGACUUUUUAUGCCUGCAAAAUACUGUUUGAAGUGUGGCAGGGGCCUCAUUAAACUACACACACUCACUAUCUUCUCAUUCCAUUUGAAAAUACAGCAUCUGAAGAAUAAGUACUACUACUCAGAGUUAAAGGAGGAAACAGCAUAUCAUGAUAUAUUUGUAGGGUUUACAGUCCAUCUCAAAAUAAAACUGACAUUAUAUUUGGGCAUUCAGACUGGUCAUCAUCAUAAGGUAGUUAGCUGAAUCCCGGAAAUGCCAUAGCUGUCAUCUCUAUAGAGGCCACAGAACCCUCACAGCCACAUGCACCUACAGUCAGCAACAUUUUCCUUUGGAGAGUGCAUAUGCAGUACUGCUUGUGGUGACUACUAAAUCUGCUGCCAACUCCAUCGCAAGCAUUGUGAGGCAAUUUGUUAAACUGUGUUCCACAUCUUGCUUAAAGACAGCCAAUUGUCUCAGUUAACUCCUAUCGCUUCCCUAAGAGCAUUGUCCAAUACUGAGACAUGCUAUCAACUACCUGUUGGCACACCUACCUCAUCUAGUGGCUCUUAGAGAAACUGCCAGGCUGUAGCGGAUUUUUCCAGUAGUUGAAGCCUCAUGUAAUGACAGUUAAAUUUGAGUACACACAGGUUGCUGCUGGUGUGUCUCAGCAUUAAGUCAGUGUGCUUAGGGAGGAAAUUAGAUAAGAUACUCUCAUUAAUUGAGACAAUCAGAAUCCUUUAAUCAAGGCAUAGAAAUCAUUUUUACCAUGCGUCACUUCACAAUGCUUCUGAUGCAGUCAGCAGCACAAUUUGCAGUAACUGUCUUGAUUGCAAUAUAUCACAUCUCCCAGUGCCAAUACUGGUACUGUAUAUGCACCUUGCUAAGGGACAACACCAACAGCUUCUGGCACAUGCGCUGUGGGGUUUCUGUAACAUAUAAAUAGGUAUAUAUUAUAGGAAUAGCAUCUAGAGCAUAUUGGCAGUUCAGCUACACAGCUAAAGGUGGUGUCCAACUUGGAAAGCCAAAAUGCCUUGCGUAUUUGAUUUUAGGACUGUGCUGGAGACCCAACAAUCAUAUCAUGAAUUAACACUCUGGAAAAACCUGCACAAUCACAGUCAACAGCAUACAUUAAAUGUGGACCAUUCUGAAGGGAAUAAAAUCAUAGAAACAUACAUUCAUUUCUUAAAUGUUAAAACUUGUUUGUCCACCUUACACUGUUAGCUAGAAUAAGUUAAACUUUAACUUCAGUAUUCAUUUUGCAUUAGUAGGCAGUUUUGGUCCCCAGCCACUUGAAAAUUAUAAUCUCCAGGCACCGGGAGAUAUUCCAUGUCUUUUUCUGAGCAAUUACAAGUUCACAUUAUUCAAAAUUCUGUAAUAGAUGUGUGAAUUAAGCAGAGUUGUGACUAUAAAUGAUGUCUAUCUUUAUGUAUAUAAUACUGUGAAAAGUAAAGUCGCAACUCUGCAUCUCCGUACAAACUGGAGUAGAUUUCCACAAUUCACCAUAAAUGGAUAUGAGCAUCACACUUCUGUGUAUCUCAGCUUGUGUACAAUGUUAACGUAAUUAUCUGACUAUGAUCACAUAGGUUACAGAACUUAAGAGGAACAUAGCGCGAAAAUCUCACUAGACUAGAAUUUUCUGCAUGUAAUCUAUCAAGCUGAUGAUCAUACCACACAUUUUAGUAUAAAAAUUAUUUCAUCUUCACUGUGGAAAAUAUUUUCCUGUCUCUUCUUGAGGGCUAAAAAGCCUAAAUUCAUUUCUAUAUGCUAAAGGUGGUCAGUGGAAGCCAUGGAUGAAAGGUCUUCUAUUACUGUACUCGUGUAAGUCUGAGUACAUGUUUCUAGCUCAUUAGUUGUAAUUUAUUUGAAACUAUGGAAGAUUCAAGCCAUGCAGCAACAAAUUUACAAACAUAAAUUUCAUUGCCAGUCCAUGUCAGGUCCAUCAACAAACAAUUCCUUUUAUUUUACUCAUCAGCUUUUGAGCACAUAGAUACUAACAAUAUCUGGUGAAAAUUCACAUCCAUGAGUGGCUAACAUGCUGACCAUUUGAUCUGAUAAGAGCUACCUCAUUAUACCUAGUGUAAUUCAAGUUAACUGAAUGACAACUAGAUCAUAAAAUUUUAAGAGAUAUGUAAUUACAGUAAUGUGAACUGUAACUUCUUAAGUAAUAAAUCCAGAUCACAGAGAAUGCAUAGCAACCUCUUCAAAUAACUGAAUGUGUUUAAGACUAUGAGAAAUGAUUCACUCCAAAAAUUUCCAGAUUUAAUUCAAAUGUCAAAGGAAUAUUUGUGAGCAGUGUCACUGAAGCUCACAAAUUCUCAUGUAUUUCUUGAAUGAUGGUGUGUGAUUUUGACAUAAAAUUGUGAAUGAUGUAAUCUAAACAAAAUUUGGAUUUGCAACUCUGACAACAUUAGCAUCAAUAACUAUGUACUGUUGAGCCCAUACUUCUGUGGAAAUGUUUCAGUUCAAGUUACAAUAUGACUGUCAUAUGUGUACUACUUUGCAUCUACAUUAAUAUGUCAGAUGUAUCCCUGAUACCAAAUAUUUAUUUAUUUAUUUAUACUAAUUAUUUAUUUAUUGACUAACUAAUUUAUUGUAGCUGUUUGUUUGCUUUGUCUAAAUAAAGAAGAGAUGAAAAUGA